UCCCUACACCGUAUCCAACCCGAGCUCUCUCUCUUCCCAAACUAACCCCGAGACAAGAUCCAGAGAGGGGGAGGGCCGCUGCCUCCCAUCUAAACCCGCCUCCUUCGAGUUCCCCACCCUCCGGUCCCGCCGCCGCUGCGGCGGCGCACCUGCGGUCGGCGACGGACACCGACGCCUCCGGCCGCCCCCAAUUCGGCGACGAUCCAAGGGUUCUCGUUCAUCUUUGGAUCCUUCGAGAUAGCUGGGUUUUCUGGAAGUUCUACCGUCGUUAUUGCUGUUGUCAAUAGAAGAACAUAAGUCCUGCGGGUGUUCGUUCUGCAGCGGUGCGCUAAGGCUCUUGGAGUGCAGAAACAGACUUGGAGAUGCGUAAAACUGAACUUUUGAGUUGUUGCUGUCAGGACACAUGCCCAAGACUGUCACGGGAGGUUGCUAUCAGCAAAUCAACGUUCAUGUGGAAAGUGAAGAUGAGGGGUAGAGGUGGGAUAUAAUUGCAAGAUGAAGCCGCAUUUUGUAUGUGAUGGGUUAAUCAUACAUGGAAAUAUUAGAAAUGCAAAACAGCAAAAGAGCAAGGAAAGGCAGAAACAGCAGAUCUACACGAUUGAUGGUUACAGGCAUACAACAUGAAGAGCGAUAAAAAAACUUUUGUUGCCCCUGCCAUAGUUUUUACUCCUUUGCAGUCUGUUACACCUGCACAGGGUGGUGGCCAUCCAACUACAGGACAACCAUUGGUGCAUACAUGGCCAAGGCCUCUUGUCAUAUUGUCUCAGGCUACACCAUGGGCUGCUCGACCGCCUAUUCCAUCAGCUUCAGAACUUUCGUCAGUGCAAAACAAUUGUCAUGGGGAAAAGAUGAUGGACAUGGCAGGUGCUGAGCCUAUGAUAAUUGGGGAUGCUAGUAAUGCGAAAUAUGUGCCUAGGGUUGAUAUGCUGUUUGACAGUGAAAAUGAUGCAUAUGACUUCUAUAAUACAUAUGCUGAAAAUGUGGGUUUUAUUGUCCGAAGAUCAACAUUGUGGACAUCAAAAAAUAUCAUCACUAGGAGGACAUUUGUGUGCUCAAGGGAAGGCUUUCGAGAGAAGAAGAAAGGAGCAAAAGAGGCUAAGUGUCCACGACCGGAAACAAGAAUUGGUUGUCCAGCAUGCAUGACCAUCAGGCUCACAGCUAAUGGCAAAUAUCGUGUGACAGAAUUUGUUCCCAACCACAACCAUCAAAUUGCAACUGUGUCUACUAUUCACACAUUGAGGGCCAAGAAGCUGAGACGAAAGGCUCGUGUUGCAAGAGCUGAUUUGGUGGAUGACACUGUAAGAACACCAGAGUUUGAAACCGAAGAUGAGGCCUAUGAAUUCUACAGCAUGUAUGCUGGAAGGAUAGGAUUUAGUGUUCGAAGAGCAAGUGUGACAGUUAAUGCAGAAAAUGUGAUCACUAGAAGGAUGUUUGUUUGUUCAAGAGAAGGAUUCCGUGAGCAAAAGAAAGGAGCAAAGAGGGUGAAGAAACCACGUCCAGAAUUCAGAACUGGUUGUCCUGCCUGUAUGGUGAUUAGAAUAACACCUACUGGCAAAUAUCAAGUAACUGAAUUUGUCACAUACCAUAACCAUCAGCUAGAAGCUUCUCUAUCUACUGAGAUUUUGACAUCUCAGACUAUAGAAAAUGGUGAAGAUCAUGUUUCAGAUACAGCUGAUGAAUCUGCAGAUGAUGCACACGUCAAGCAAGUACAAACUCAUCAUAGUAGCACUGUGCUUCCUUCAGAUAAGAUAAAUUAUCCACAACCCAAGCGUUUGAAGGCUAUUCAAGUAGGUGAUGCAGGUGCUACAUUGGAGUAUCUGCAAAAGAUGCAAGAAAAUAACCCAUCAUUCUACUAUGCUGUACAAGUUGACAAGGAUGAUAAUUUGACAAACUUCUUCUGGGCUGAUGCAAAGUCUAUGAUGGACUUUUAUUACUUUGGUGAUAUUGUAUGCUUUGAUACUACGUACAAGAUACUUGGGUAUGGCAGGCCAUUUGCACUGUUUACUGGCAUUAAUCAUCAUAAACAAACUGUUAUAUUUGGUGCUUCAUUGAUUUAUGAUGAAAGCAUAGAAUCUUUCAAGUGGCUGUUUGAGAGUUUUAAGACAGCAAUGAGUGGUAAACAGCCAAGGACAAUUCUAACAAACCGUUGUUCAAUGAUGAGCGAGGCAAUAGCUGCAAUUUGGCCAGGCACACAUCAUCGCUUCUGUGUUUGGCAUAUUUACCAAAAUGCUGCCGUGCAACUAAGUCAAGCAUUCCAUGGAUCAAGAACUCUGGUGUAUGAUUUUUGCAGAUGCCUCUUUGAUUGUGAAGAAGAGGAAGAGUUCUUAAAAGAAUGGGAAACAAUGUGUGUCAAGUAUGAACUUAAAGACAAUCAGUGGUUGCAUAAGCUAUUCGAUGAAAGAGAGAAAUGGGCAUUGGUGUAUGGACGAGAAGCAUUUUAUGCAGAUAUGAAAAGCGUCCAACAGAAGGAGAGCAUGGGUACUGAGCUAAAGAAAAUUUUGGUCAUCGAAACAGAACUUCCAAGCUUUUUUGAAAGUUAUGAGAGAAUGUUAUCUGAAAGAAGAUGUGCCGAGCUACAGGCUGAUAUUAGUGCCAGUAUGAGUACCAAAAAAUCACCUUCUAUGCGCAUGCUGAGGCAAGCUGCAAAUGCUUACACUUCAGCUGCAUACAAAAUGUUUGAAAGGGAAUUUGAAUUAUACAUGGAUUGUGUUUUAUAUAGUUGUGGCCAGGUUGGGACAAUAUCUGAAUACAAGGUAACAUCUGAGGAGAAACCCAGAGAACAUUUGGUGAAAUUCGAUUCUGUAGAUGGUACUGUGACUUGCAGUUGCAAGAAGUUUGAGUGUCUUGGGAUACAAUGUUGUCAUGUUUUAAAAGUACUAGAUUCCCGGAACAUCAAAGAUUUUCCCCCACAGUACAUUCUGAAGAGGUGGAGGAAGGAUGCUAAGACGCGAUGUUUAAGUGAAAAAUUUGCAGUCUCAUUUGAUGGUGAUCCUCAAUCAUCACUAGCAAAACGUAAUAGCUUUCUAUGCCGCAUUUUCAGUAUAACUGCAGCACAUGCAGCCAAAUCUUUGGAUUCAUAUGCAUUCCUUGAAAGCCAGUCAGAUAUUCUAAGUAAUCAGUUAGAGCAAGUUUUGCAGACAAGACCCCUUGAGACAGCUGCUAUGAUUCCUGCACCAUGUGAUCGACUACAAAAUCCAGUUGAAAGUGUAGUAGCUGAAAGUCUGCAGUACGUUAAACCCAAUCAAGCAAUCUUUGUGGAAAAUCCAGCCCAUGGUUUUCUCAGCUCCAGACACUCUCAUCCAGCCAUGUGUUGGGGUCAAUUCCCAUCUGGGCCUCCAGAAUUGUGACAAUGCUUUUAGACAUCCAACGCCGUCUGGUGUCCUAUAUGGUGUACUGAUGUAAUUAUGUUAAAACAUGUAAUGUAGCGCAGGAUAUUGAUUUGGUUUAUUUAUUUUAUGGGUAAUCCUGUGGUCUGCUAAUGAGAGGUCAUCCAAUUAGUGCAUUUUAUGAAGGACACGACUUUCUCUAACUACACACUUAACAUAUCCUAAAGUCAGUCUACUGAUUAUGAGAAAGCUAAUGAAUGGUUCUCAGAUUUCUUCA